AUGGCAAAAGAGACUGUCGUUCAUUCAGUGCCAUUACGAAAAGACGAUGAAAGAGAAACGUGGUCUACAAAGGUCGAUUUCCUUCUAUCGGUUAUCGGAUUCGCAGUCGAUUUGGCGAAUAUAUGGCGAUUCCCAUACCUAUGCUUCAAAAAUGGCGGAGGUGUCUUUUUGAUACCGUACACAUUGAUGGUACUAUUAGCGGGUAUUCCACUGUUUUAUAUGGAGCUCUCGCUAGGUCAAUACUAUCGAAAAGGAGCCAUCACGACAUGGGGACGUAUUUGUCCGUUAUUUAAAGGUAUUGGCUAUUGUGUGAUCAUGAUCGCCUUCUACACGGACUUCUUCUACAAUGUUGUCAUCGCAUGGGGUUUUCACUAUUUAUAUGCAUCAUUCACAUUGCAUUUACCAUGGGCAAGCUGUAACAACUCCUACAACAGUAUUGCUUGCUAUGAGCCACAUUGGAGCGAUGGGUCUUCUACGUGUCGGGAGCCGGUCAUCGACGAAUCGUCACAAAUUUCAGCAGCAGAGGAGUAUUUUUACAAAGGUUUUCUCGGACUUCACGCUCCUGGCGAUACCACUUCGCAUGUAAUCAGAGGUCUCGACAACCUGGGAAGUGUCAAUUGGCAUAUUGUCAUCUGCUUGGCGAUUGUUUAUCUAAUCUGUUAUUUCUCACUAUGGAAAGGAAUUGGUAUGAGUGGAAAGGUUGUUUGGUUCACAGCCUUAUUUCCCUACGUCGUUCUGGGAGUGUUAUUCAUCCGUGGAAUUACUUUACCAGGAUCCGAAAUGGGUAUUGAGUACUACCUGAAACCAAACAUCGAAAUGUUAAAGAGACCUUCCGUGUGGCAAGAUGCCGCCACCCAAGUGUUCUUUUCACUUGGGCCAGGUUUUGGAGUACUUAUGGCCUAUUCAUCCUACAAUAACUUCAAUAACAAUGUUUAUUUUGUCCGGUGCAUGAAAAUUAUCAUUUUCAGAGAUGCCCUAAUCACGAGUGCUAUCAACUGUGCCACCAGCUUCCUGUCAGGAUUCGUGAUAUUUUCGGUUCUUGGCUAUAUGUCCUGCAAAAGUGGUAAACCAAUCGAUACGGUAGCCCAAGAAGGUCCUGGUUUGGUUUUUGUCGUUUAUCCAGAAGCAUUGGCCACGAUGCCAUGGGCUCCAGGUUGGUCAGUGCUCUUCUUUCUGAUGCUCAUCACACUCGGUCUCGACAGUUCGUUUGGUGGAUCGGAAGCGAUCAUCACAGCGUUGUCGGACGAGUUUCCCAUUAUCAAACGAAAUCGUGAAAUUUUCAUCGCAUGUCUUUUUUCCUUCUACAUGCUUGUCGGUUUUGCAAUAUGCACUAAUGGUGGUAUCCUGAUUAUGGAAUGGUUGAUUGUAUAUGGAACAACGUGGGGUUUACUGAUUGCUGUGUUCUGUGAAGUUAUGGUGGUCGCCUACAUUUACGGUAUCAAGCAAUUUGUUCGUGAUCUCAAAGAAAUGCUUGGUUUCGAGCCAGGAAUCUACUGGAGGAUAUGUUGGAUGUUACUUGCCCCGGUGUUUUUGUUGAUGAUGAUUCUGUCGUCGUUCAUCUAUUAUCAACCGUUGAAAUAUCAAGACUAUGCCUUUUCAACCUUAGCCAACACUGUUGGAAUCUUUUUCGCAUUAUCGGCUGCUUCAGCGAUUCCAAUCGUUGGCAUAUACAAAUGUUUCGAAUCAAAGGGCGAUACUGUAGCCGAGAAGCUACGACGCGUUAUUAUGCCGUAUCGUCGAAGAUUAUCUCAACGUGAAUACGUUCCGAUUGGGCGGCGUCAUUCAUCGGAUGUGAUGCUGUAG